AUGGGUGGUAGUCAAGAAGAAGUCGUUAAAGAAUUUGUUAGAGAGCUUCAAAGUAUGGUUGAAACUCGUCCACCAAUAUCCAAAGCAAAAAUGAUGUCAAUUACAAAAGCAGCCUUAAAGGCAAUCAAAUUUUAUAAGCAUAUUGUAAUGAAUGUUGAAAAAUUUAUUAGCAAAUGUAAGGCUGAAUAUAAAAUACCUGGUUUAUAUGUAAUCGAUUCUGUCAUACGACAAUCUCGACAUCAAUAUGGAAUUGAUAAAGAUGUUUAUGGAUCAAGAUUUGCAAAAAAUAUUAUUACUACAUUACAGUAUGUGGAAAAAUGUCCAGUAGAAGAUAAAAAUAAAAUUUCGCGUGUACUUAAUUUAUGGGAGAAAAAUUCUAUUUUUUCUUCUGAUUUAAUCAAGCAACUGUUUGAAGCACAUCAAUCAAAUGUAAAUACGGAUGAUUUAUCAGUUAAAACUGAAUUUUCAACUGAUAAGCACAGUGGUGAAGUAAGAAAAUUUUAA